AGCAGGCUAGAUUAGCUCGGUCUCAUCUCGGUCCGGGGUCCAGAGAAGCGGCUGGGGUUUGAAGUGAGAGAGCGUGCCGCUUAUCAAGUGUGUGGUUCCCCCCCGACCCCCUCUCCCGCCUCCCCACAUUUAAACACUGGACCCGUACUCUAAACAUUAUGACUCUUCUGGGCUCUGAACACUCCAUACUAAUACGAAGCAAGUUUAGAUCAGUAAACCAUGGCAAAUUCCCCAAGCAGGAAGACUCGUACGCCUUCGAGGAGGACAGCAGCAGUGACAGCCUCUCUCCAGAGCAGCACCACAGUGACGAGUCGCAGGGCUCGGCCUGUCCCUCCUCCGAGGCCGUCGGCAGCGCGCCCUCCUCCUCCUCCUCCCCCGCCCUCACAAGCCCGCGACAGGGUGGAGCAACCAGAGACCCACCAGAUCAAAGCCAGGAUGAAGGGCUGUCUGAUGCCAACAACAGCCAGGCUACACCACCAAUACCUGUACCUGCUAUAGUCAAGUCCAAGACGUCGGACAAGAACCGCCACAAGAAGCCCAAAGAUGUGAAGCCCAAGGUGAAGAAGCUCAAGUACCACCAGUACAUUCCUCCGGACCAGAAGGCGGAGAAGUCCCCUCCGCCCAUGGACUCGGCGUACGCCCGCCUCCUCCAGCAGCAGCAGCUCUUCCUGCAGCUCCAGAUCCUCAGCCAGCAAAAACACGCUCACACACAGUCUCACGUGCACACACACGCACAGCAGCACACACACACUCAGCCGACACAGGUCCAGGCCCAGCAGCGGCAGUCCAGUUUCAGCUACCAGCCUCUGCACACAGUGGCCCAGACCCAGAAAACAGCCGGUGAUCAGAUGACACCCUGCAGCUCCAGUGGUCCUGCCAGCACGGCCAACAGCACCUCCUCCUCUCCGGUCAAAACCACAUAUCCUAACCAGAGCACCAUCUCACCGGUCAAACCUGGGCCUCUACCGGCCAACCUGGAUGACCUUAAAGUCUCGGAGCUCCGGCAGCAGCUGCGUAUUCGGGGCAUGCCCGUCUCAGGCACAAAGACAGCCCUCAUUGAACGGCUCCGGCCCUUCAGGGACUCCAAUGCCAGCCCCUCCCCCACAGGCCCCGCCGACGUCACCCACGUGACUUUCCCUGUCACUCCCACGGGGUCCCUGUCUUCCUACCAGUCGCCCCACUCCUCCUCCUCUGGCGCCCUGUCCCAGGGAGGCUACUACCCAUACCCCAGCACCUCCUCCACCCCUCCCAUUUCCCCGGCCUCCUCGGAGCUGUCCCUUAGUGGCUCGCUCCCCGACAGCUUCAGUGACGUACCCAUGCCCUCACCACCCCAGUUCGCCUUGCAGCCGUCCCCACUCUGUGCCGAGGAAGGCCCAGGGGGCGGAGGCCAGCGGGGAGGGGAGGGUGGAGGUGUGGACGGCCUGGAGGCAGAGAAGGACAAGAUGCUGGUGGAGAAGCAGAAGGUGAUUGAGGAGCUGACGUGGAAGCUGCACCAGGAGCAGAGACAGGUUGAAGAGCUGAAGAUGCAGCUGCACAAGAGGAAACGCUGUUACGGUGCAACACAGGAAGACGUCCCUCCUCCCGCCCAGUCCCACCACGCUAUGCACCAGCAGCAGACUCCAGCCGUUAUGGGCCAGCACUUUUAUGGGGUGACCAUCAAACAAGAGCCCAUGCCACUCUCCUCCAGCUGCCCCCUCUCUUCUCCCAAGCAGCUGAAGAGCCCUCCUGACGGCUGCAUGGAGGGUAUGGGCCACUGCAGCGCUCCCCUGCCCGGCAUGGGGGGUCCCACCGGGCCGCGGUGCAUGGACACGGCCCCCUCCUCUGCCAGCCCCUCCACUCCACUGUCCGCUUUCCUGAGCCCGCAGUGCUCGCCUCAGGACUCUCCCAUCGGAAAGCCCGCUGGUAGCCCUCAGCCGUCGUCUCCAAACAACCCCUACCUGCUGUCACCUCCACUGGUUAGGGACGGCUGCAGCCACCCCAUCCCGCAGGGCAACAACACCAGGGCACGCAACAUGCAGAUCCAGCAAAAGAGUGUCGGGCAGCCGGUGAACUGCUCUUACUCAUCCGACCAAAGAGGCCUUCAGGGAGUCUUUCCCGGCUCAGCCGAAUGUGGACUGAACCACAGGGCCAGUCCCAAGGCCAAUAACGCUAACAUGCAACCAAAGAUCUCAAUAGUGCCCUCUCCUCGGAAAGUUGGCCAAAAGUGCCAGGUCUCUACCCCAGCCUUCAGUAGCUCAGAAUCCGCUGCAUCUGAUUUAAGACAGCCCCCAUGCUAUGAGGAUGCAGUCAAGCAGCAACUGACCAGAAGUCAGCAGAUGGAUGAACUUCUGGAUGUACUCAUAGAAAGUGGAGGGAGCACCGGCCUCGUCGUCCCGAGGUUCCACAGGCACUACGAGCACCUGUUGCCCCCCCAGCUCCUGUAUGAUACCUCGGCCAGCCACCUCGCUGACAGCCACCUGGAGACUCUGCUGGGCAGUCCCAUCAGCCGGGGAGGAGAGGCGGCCCUUCUUAAAAUGGCUGCUGAGGAUGGAGGCCAGGAUGUGGAAGGGAGCAGGGAUAGAGAAGGGUACAGCAGCCCCCAUAACCACCACCACCACCACCACCACCACCACCAUCCUCACCAGGACAAACUGUUGGCCAACAGAGACCUGAUGGACACCCCGACCCCUCUGUCCCCCAUUAGCACCAAAGUGUCGCCCGUGCCCGAGGCACAGGCGAUGGUGGGCAUGACAUUCAGCGAGUCACCGUGGGAGACGAUGGAGUGGCUUGAUCUCACGCCGCCCAGUUCCGCUACGGCCUUCAGCGUGGCUCCACCCAACGGCCCUAGUAUUUUCAACACAGAGUUUCUGGAUGUCACAGACAUUACCUUGAACUCUGCCAUGGACCUUCACCUGGAGCACUGGUGAAAGCAUCAAGAAUCAGCAAACUGUUGUGUUGACUGACAACAAACUAGCCGUCAAACAGUGGCGACCAGCUUGCCGCCAAACAAACAUAGCAAGACACUAUAGGUAAAAAGGAGAUACUAGCUAUAAGGACCGCUGGUCAACACGAGAUCAGCAGCAAUACAACAUACCAAAGACAUACUGAAUGACACCUAUUAAAGAUGUGAUGACUGAUUUACUUUGUGUGCCAUGAUUUGUUUAUUGUUGCACUGUAAUGGGAUGAUACAGUAUGUCAUCAAACACAGACUACAACUUUUGAUCCAAAGAUGAGAUGGUUAAGUCAGGAAUUAUCUGUCGCUGCAGACUUUGUUUUGACCACGUCAGCGACAUAUUUUAUUUUCAUACUCCGAAAAAGCCAAAGACUAGGUGCUUUUCGACACCAUCUUUACCCAUGUGGA